AUGGAUAGAUUUAAAAAACAAUCAGAAUCUAUUCUUGGUAAAGGAAAAGAAGGAUUGAUGAAGAUAAAGACAGCUAGUACUGGAGGAGGAGGGGCAUCUGGAAAGGAACAAGGUAAAUUCCAAUUUGACAUUAAGAUUUACUUUGUAGAGAAUCUAGCCAUCACCUCUGGUAUGGUGUAUGUAUCGUGGAAGCGUGGAUCAAAAUCAACAAACAAUGGAAAGACUCGGUCAAUGCCUAUAGUCGACAAACGUGUCGUCUUUGAUCACAACGUUCAAAUGAUCACUACACUACUCAAAACCCCCAAAAAGACAUUCGAGUCCAAGAACAUCUCCAUCUCUAUCAAAGAAGACAAAGGCAAGAAAGGUACCACCAUUGGCAAGACUAUUGUCGAUUUGGCCGAAUUUACAAACGCAAAGGAUGAACAAAGAAAAAUCAUCUCUAUCAAACCAAAAAAGGGUAAAACUCCUUUAAAUUUUGUUAUGGGAGUUAAAACAACUGAAAUGCAAAUUGGACCAGAUGAAGAACCAAUGACUGAAACCGACUUAAAUUCAAAUGAUGGAUCUGAUGAUGAAGAAGAUGUUGAAGAUUUCACUCAAGAUGAUGAUACGACAAGUGAUAUUUCAUCAUCAACUAGUCACUCUCAUUCAAAUAACAACGAUCAUAGUAAUGGACAUUCAUCAACUUCACCACAAUUAGUAAAGACACCAUCAAGUUCAUCUAUUUCAACUCCAAGUUCAUCAUUAUCACCAUUUACAAAACUAAUGGAAAAGAAACAAGACAAGGAAAAAGAUGAUAAAAAGGAAACUGAUUAUAAAAAGAGAAUUGGUGAACUUGAAAAAGAAGUAUCUGAUCUAAAAAAGAAACCAGCAACAACCACUGCAGCUGCUGCACCAACACAAGAAGUGGGUGAUUUAAAAAAGAGAAUUAAAGAGUUGGCUGGUGAAAAUGUAGAUUUGGAAGAUAGAGUUAAAGAGUUGGAAGAGAAAUUGGCAUCUGGCGGAAGUGGUAGUGGUAGUAGCUCACCUUCAAUCUCUUCAUCAUCACUUAAAGAUCAACGUUUAAUUGCUGAUCUACAAGACCAAGUUAAACAAAAGGACGAACAAAUUAGAAAAAAAGAUGAUGCAAUCAAACAAAAGGAAUAUGAAAAUAGUGAAUUGUCAUCAAAGAAUCGUCAAUUGGAACGUGAUAAUACAGAUUUGAAAUCUCGUCCUCAACAACAACCUCAACAAAAUGGUAAUAAUAAUAAUAAUGGUAAUCAAGAAGAAGUAGAAUCAUUAAGAAAAGAAAUACAUCAAUUAAAAUUGGAAGCAGCUGCUCAGUUGUCACCUGCAACUGGACCGUUGGUUGGUGGAGGUACACUUGAAUUAAAGAGAAAGAUUCAAGAUUUGAAUCGUGAGAUUAAAGACAAGGAUGAAACAAUCAGUAAACUUAAAGCUGGUGGUGGAGGUGGUGGAUCAAGUACACCAACACCAGUGGCUCAACCAUCACCAUCAACUAUUCAAAUGGCCAAUAUGGAGAAACAAGUACAAGAACUCAACAAGACUGUUACUAGUCAAAAACAAGAGAUUGAAAAACUCAAAGAUUUGAAUUCUAGUAUGUCCAAAAAACCAUCAUCCUCUUCAUCCUCACCACCAUCAGAUGAGCUAAAGAAAGAGUUGAUUGAUGUAAAGGAUAAAUUGACAGCUGCAAAGGAUGAGACUAGUCAAUACAGAGAACGUGCCGAACACGCCGAGAAACAGCUGUCGUACAAGACAGAGGAUAUGGAAGAGUUGGAAGACCGAUUGUCAAGACGUAUUCGUGAUCUUGAGGAAGCCAAGGACCAACUAGAAUCCAAACUCAACAAUCAAACUGCAUCGGCUGCUUCCCUCAGUCUCAUGUCUGGCAGCAGCAGCAAGUCAUCAUCAUCAUCGGACAAGAAUAGUAAAGAAGCUGCUAAACAACUCGACAAGGAACGUCAGGAACGCGAACAAGUAGAACGCAACUUGGAAAAGGAACGUCAAGAACUAGGAAGAGAACGUGAAAAGGUAAAGAAACUUGAACGUGAAGUUAAAGAACUCAAAGAUCGUGUUAGACAAUUAGAGUCACAACUCGAGUCUGGUGGUACACACCAUGGCAGUGGAGCAUCUUCACCCAUGUCAACUGGCAGUAUGUCUAGUAGCACAGUUGCCAAGAGCGAUCUACAAGAAAGAGAGGAAAACAGAAUCAUCGAGCAAUGCAUUUACACUCAAAGCCUCACUUUUAGAGAUGGGGUUGGCGCAUCAGCCUAUUCACUCUACCACCAAUUGUUGGACCAAAACGCAUUCAGUCAAGAAAACUCGCGUCUCUUUAACAAGGUCAUCUCAUCGUUGACCCAAACCGUUGAAAAGUCAAUGGAAAACUCUGGGGAUCUAUGUUACUGGAUCUCUAAUGUCUCGGGCUUGAUCCAUCUCAUCAAAGACGGACCCAAUAAUCUCGACAAUGAUCGUGACCCCCUCCUCGACGGUAUCUUGAUCGACCAACAAAUCACCUCUCCCUCUACCAACUCGCGUCGUUCUCCAUCCGUCUCUUUCUACUAUCAAUUGGAAUCACUGUGUCGUGAAACCUACUCUCUCCUGCUUCACAACAUCUACAAGAAAUUAAAAUCAAAGAUUUCAAAUAUUUAUCAAGCUUCUUGUAUUUUGGAUAAGAAAUCAAAUAAUAGAUUAUCAUCAACAUUAAAUCAUACAAACGAUGAUUUAAAUAAGAUUUGUAAAGUAUUGAGCAAAUUUAUGACAAUGAUGAAAGAUAAAUAUGUAUUUGAUUCAAUCAUUCAACAAUUCUUUUCACAAACCUUUUACUAUAUUAGUAAUAGUUUGUUGAAUGAGAUUUUGGAAGGUGGAUCGAGUAACAAUUCGUGUUCACCAAGUUCUGGAUUCAAGAUUAAACUUUCAUUGUCAAAGAUUGAAGAUUGGGUUGCAUCUAGUGAGGAACGUGAUCUACUCAAUUAUUGCCGUGAUUUCCUUGGUGGUAUUGCCGAUGCCGCCAAUCUUAUGGUUAUUGACAAAUCGAUCUUUACCGAUACUGAAAGUAUCCAAUCAGCAUUCACUACACUAAACGUACUCCAAAUCAAACGUCUAUUGGAAAUUUGGAAACCAGAUCAACUCUCUCCCGAUCCAAUCCCUUCAAGUGUCCUAUCAAUGUCUCGUAGUAAUUGGAAUCGUCCAGUUCAAAAUUUACAACUUACAAUCGACCCCACUAUAUUAUUAAAUGUAUCACCUGUACUCGAUUAG